AUGAAGGGUGUGUUUUCCAAACCUGUCCUCCUGUGUCUGUGGAUUCAGAGUGUUAAUGGAUGGAUGCAUCCUAAAUGCUACAUAUAUGAAAACAAUAAAGAAGUUGAAGACAUGCCGGACUACAUAUGUUUAAAAAGCAUUUCAAAAGGUCUCACAGCUUCCUGUCACUCUGUCACAGUCAUUGAAGAGGAUCUACAUGGACUCCCUCAAAACAUCAAUACUCUCUGCAUAUACAUGACUACGGAUGAAUAUGGUGUCAUGUCUCUGGGUUUUUUCUCUCAGUUUCAGGAUCUGGAGUACCUGUACAUUAAUGGCUGUUUUUCACAAAUCCUUCCAACUAGAAAUAGCAGGAGCCUCCCAAAGCUGGAAUAUAUGAUGUUAAAGGGGCAGGACAAUGGCUGCUGUGAUUGUCGUAUUGGGCCUCACACAUUCAGAGAUCUAGUCAAGCUAAGUAAUUUGAUCAUAAUCAGCUUUAGGUUAUCAUCAAUGGCACCAGAUAUGUUUAAUGGCAUACCUAAUUUACUAACUGUCUCCAUUGGUAACUCCUGUGUAAAAGAUAUGUCAGAGAUACUAUGCAGAUUAAUGUACAUAAAGUCACUUACUGAUUUAGUUGUAGAGGCAUGGGAGAUACAGACAUUAAAUCAAUCAAACUGCCCAAUCUUAAACACAAAUGAGAGCAAGACACCUGUUUUUAACAACCUUACAGGAUGUUCUUUAAAAUUUGGUGAAAUAACACAUAUAGAGGAAGGUACGCUGGCUUCUUUUAAGAACCUGACAGUUUUUGAAUCUCGGCUAAAAAAGAAACAGUUACUUCAACUUCCCCUGUCUGGAAUUAAGCAAAUUCAUUUCUGGAUAAACAACUGUAAAAAUUACAUUGAUUUUAAAAGCAUCUGUAAUGUUGUGUUUUUGCUUUCAAUCAAAGAGAUAGAAUUUACUAGUAUCGAUCCAGGCAGCCUUUCAAUGUACAGUGUUGACUUGUGCAUUGGACUGGAAUAUAUAUAUAUUUCUAGAGAUUAUGCUAUCUAUCCUAUUAACCAAAUUAUUUGGAAUUUUAUAUCCACUCUAAAGAAUGUUAAAACAAUACAUGUAUAUCACCACAAACAAAACAGUCUAGAUGUAUGCUCCUUCCAAAAAAACAAAAACACAUGGUUAUACAAAGUAUUUUUAUAUUUGAACAUAAACACUUUUUUUGAAAAACAAUUUAGUUGUCUUGUUAACCUGAACCACCUGAAAUAUAAUGGUAAAUUAUCAAAUAUUGAAGACUCAGCUUUCCUGGGCUUGAGAAAUCUGGAUCCCUUAGACCUGUCAAAGAAUGAUAUUACACACAUUAAUGCAAAUACAUUUUUUGGUUUAUAUAGUUUGAUUUGGUUGGAUCUCAGAGAAAAUCCACUUAUUCAAAACAUUGAGACAUCAUCUUUUACACAUCUUAUAUCUUUAAGAGAAGUGUUUCUUGGGAAAUUGAACACUCCACUAACAGAACCUACGAUAAGGUUGAAUCUGACACUCAUAUUUGGUGACAUUUUGAGUCAACUGACUCAUCUGUAUAUCUCUACAUGGAUGAGGCCAAUGCAUUUGAUUCUACAGAAACUGACUCUAAUUUCGGUGGAUCUUAUUAAACAUCCUUCUGCUGACAUAAUUUUUCACAACCUGACAAAGUUGGACGUUCUGAAACUUUUAGACUGCAAGAUUUAUUCUAUGGAGGGUAGUUUAACUAAAGAUUUAAAAUCAUUGAAAAUAUUGGAUCUGCAAAUCGUAAACACUCAUAAUAUAUUAUACAGCUUUAUGGAAUCUCUCUCUAGCCUUAAGUAUUUGGUACUUAAUCAGUUACAUUUGUUUUGCAGUUGUGACAAUGCUUGGCUUAUUGCAUGGGCAAAGAGGAACAGGCAGGUUGAAGUGAUCUUGCGUUCUAUUAGACACAUUAUGUGGGACAACUUGACAUGCUUGUCAGACAAUGGAAUAGACACACCUAACUUUGUCAAGUACACAGAAACCAACUGCACAACAGAGAUAGACUUUAUUCUCUUUACUGUGACUGGCCUGGGAGUCCUGUCUGGCCACUACCUUCUUCCCCUCUACCACAUCACUCUUGGCUGGCUCUCAGAGGCCAUGAGAUCCAACACCAGGGGGCGCUACGACUACGACACCUUUGUCUCCUACAGCGGGAAGGACGAGCUCUGGGUGGUGGAGGAGCUGCUGCCCAACCUGGAGCAGAGGGGUCCCCCUUUCCUGAACCUCUGUCUGCACAGCAGAGACUUCCAGCUGGGGAAGGACAUUGUGGAGAACAUCACAGACAGCCUCUACCGGAGCCGACACACCCUCUGUCUGGUCAGCCGCCACUACCUUCGCAGUAACUGGUGCUCCCUGGAGAUGAAGCUGGCCACCGCCAGACUGCAGGUGGAGCAAAGAGACAUCCUCCUCCUGGUCUUCCUGGAGAAGAUCCCCCCUCACUGGCUCUCAGCCCACCACAGACUGGCUCGUCUGGUAAAGACCAGGACCUAUCUGGACUGGCCUCAGGACCCCCAUCAGCACCAGGCAUUCUGGGACAGACUGUGGGAGAAACUGAAACCUCCCACUGAGGCUUGA